AUGCCUUCCGAAAUUAAGUUUACUGAUAAGGAUCCACUUAGUAUUUUUUUCAAACCUUCAACAAGUUUCACCGAAUUUCAUAAUACUGUAAUCCGAAGACUGGGGCUGCAAGGCGUGAAACGGGUGGAGAAGUUAUUCUACAGAAUUUCGAUUUUCCUUUUGCGGUAUGAUAUGAAGUACGAUUCGUUCGUCAUAGGCAGUGACGAAGAUUUGCAAAUUCUAUUCCAUUGUUGUCGGCAAUUCCCAGAGGUGAGGACCCCUGAGUUGUUGACCAAGCUUGUGGAUGUGGUCUCUAAUUCAGGAAUUUCUAACCGGAAUCCUCAGCCUUCUGCCACGGAAGCCUGCACUAGUUCGAGGCCUGUUGGAGCCUCUUCAUCUCUGUCCGUGCUUGAGCCUGAGACAGUUUUGGUUGCAUCGCCGUCCUUCGCUGCUGAUCUAAACCGCACUCGUGACAGAGAAGUGGGUGACAGUGGACCCGAGCCUGCCACGAUUGCCGAUGAUAGCGAUGAUGAGAAUGCGAGGAGUACUCUAGCUGGGGGUGGUGGAGCGACUAUGUUGGAAUCUGAUUACCGCAAGUACCAUGGAAAGUGUAAGAAAUUCGACAACGGUUAUCACAGGAGGCUUGAUUACCAUGUGAUCUCGACUUUCAUACUGCCUAUGAUUAGAGCCGAUGCUGCCGUGUCGAUCAAGAUGACGAUGCCGGGUAGUGUGGCAGUGUUGAGGACGAGUUUUGUGCGACUGGGUGGCCAAAUCGAUGAGGAGCAAGCUUAUUUCCACCGUCUUUUUUGGACAUUCCCACCAUGCGUCGAGGCCUUCCAACAUUGCAAGCCCUUGGUUAGUGUCGAUGGUACUCAAUUGUACGGCAAAUACGGUGGUACACUGCUAAUUACGAUUGCUCAGGACGGUAAUUCCAAUAUCAUUCCUGUUGCAUUCGCACUUGUGGAGGGUGAAAAUGCUGAGUCGUGGUCGUUCUUCUUAUCCCACCUUCAGCAGCACGUAACGUUUCAACGGGGUAUUCUAGUCAUAUCGGAUAGGCACAACGGGAUCAAGGCUCCACUAGAGGCUCCUGAUGGUGGUUGGUUUACGCCUAAUGCAUACAGGGCAUUUUGCAUCCAACACGCGGCGGUGAACUUCUCCCUUAGUUUUAAGGGCAAGGAUGCUAGGAUGCUUCUAGUGAAUGCUGCUUAUAUGAAGAUCAAGGUCAAGUUUGACUACUAG